CAACAGUUGCCGUCCAUCACUUUGGGGCACAAAGUUAAAAGAUCUGUGAUGACUGGACUUUCAGUGAUGACCUGUUUGCUCCCGCAGGUUCAGAGUGCACAAUGAGAACUUCGUCACUCCAGUGUGAAGAGUCUGGACUGUACAGGAUCAGUGGGCGGGUUCUUCAUCCGGGGGAGUUUCCUGAGAACUGUGAGCCAGCCUAAAUGCUGGAAGACUGCAGCGAGGAGUGGCAGACAGCGGGGACGCAGCACUGCUCACCGGAUGACAGAAACCCGAGAGCAGUAUGGAGGCUAAGCGGAGUCUUCUCCUCGCCCUCGUCCUCGCAGCCUGUUCCUGUGGCGCCAAUGCGCAGGAGACAAAAUGUGGCGAGGCAACAGAAGCUGACAUCGUCUUUGUGGUGGACGGAUCCUCCAGCAUCGGACCCAACAACUUUCAGGAGGUCCGUGGGUUCCUUCAAAACUUGGUGAACGGCCUUGACAUCGGUCCGGACAAGGUUCGAGUGGGUUUAGUACAGUACAGCAAUGAACCGUACCAGGAGUUUCUGCUGAAGGACCACAUGGACAAUACAUCUUUACUAAAUGCAAUCGACAGCUUUCAAUACCGCGGAGGGGGAACAGAAACAGGCAAGGCCAUCAACUUCACCAGGGAAAUGUAUUUCAAAGAAGAGGCUGGGAGUCGAGCCAGCCAGCGUGUUCCUCAGAUCGCUGUGGUCAUCACUGAUGGAGAGUCCAUUGAUGACGUGGUGGUGCCGUCGAAGGAGAUGAGAGAUCAUGGAGUUAUUGUUUUCAGCAUUGGGGUGGGUGACGCAAACCAGAAGCAGCUGAGCGACAUAGCCAACCAGCCGUCUAGUCGCUUCAGUUCCUACAUUGACAGCUUCCAGUCUUUAAAGUGGCUGACUGAUGCUCUGCUACAAACGGUUUGUGUCUCCAUCAAAGACCAGAAGCUAGCUUUGGCCGAGACUUUUGCAGACAUUGUCUUCCUGAUCGACAGUGGAAUCAGUCCAACAGAGUUCCAGCAGACGCGCGGAACUAUUGUUCGUCUGAUCAGCCAACUUAACAUCGGCAGUGCUGCUUACCGCAUCGGACUGGCCCAGUACGCAAAAGAAACCAAAGUAGAAUUUCAACUGAACACUUACCAAACCAAAGAGGACACUCUAAGAGCAUUCAGGAAGUUUCGCCUACGUAAACCUCAAGCCAAUGAGCCUCGAAACCUGGGAGCUGCCCUGAAGUAUGUCAAAGAGAACCUUUUCUCUGUUGAAGCAGGAGGUCGAGUUGAUCCGGGCUAUCGCCAAAUCCUGGUACUUCUGAGUGGACAAGAGUCCAGCGACUCUGUGUACAGUGAGGCACGCUUGAUCAAAGAUGCAGGAGUGACGGUGGUGUCAUUGAAUGCUGGUUCCACCGAUGAAGUUGCUGGUGCUACACUUGAUGUCAACACACAUCAGCUGAAGCUUGUGGCCUCGCCCCGGUUGCAUUACUCUUCUGUCGACGACACUGCCGCUACCAGACUGAAGACUGUCUUUGAAAGUCAGGAGAAGGAGCUGGAGGUCACUGAAGGAAAUUGCAAAGCAGCUAACCUGGCGGACAUUGUCUUCAUUGUCGACUCUGGAAGUACCCAGGAGCAAAACUUCAACCAUGUCCGCUCUUUCCUGUACUCUGUCGUGAAUGAUCUCGAGAUAAAGCCGAACCUCGUCAGAGUUGGCAUUGUGCUCAGCGAUCGGGCGUCUUCAGAUGUGUUUCUCAACUCCUUCGAAGACAAGAAGGAAUUGCUGAAGUACAUAAAAAUCCUUCCGUACCGUGGGCGCAGUACCAACAUGGCGGCUGCUUUUGAGUUUGCAGAGGAGAAAGUUUUCACCAAGGAGAAGGGAAGUAGGAAACGCGUGGGGGUGCAGCAGAUUGCAAUUUUGAUCACAGACAGAGGGUCGCAGUACAACGUCACUAGAGAGGCCGCCAGCCUUCGACGUUCAGGGGUGACUCUCUAUGCAAUCGGAGUCAAUGCUAAUGAGGAAGAGUUAACAGAGAUUGUGUCUCACCCACCUCGCAAUUACAUAUUCAACGUGGACAGCUUUGACGCACUGAAGUCAGUAACGCAAAAACUGCCAACUGCUCUCUGUAUCAACAUCAAUCGAGAGGCCAAGACUGUCUCAAGCAGAAGAAGCAGAGUCAAAAGAGCAUGCGAAAGAGCUGAGGAAGCUGACAUCUUCUUCCUCAUCUGCCUCUCGGGAAGCAUUGAUCCCAAAGACUUGGAAGACUUGCAGAAGUUCAUGACGAAGUUCGCAACAAAUUUCCGCAUUGGCCCAAAGAACGUUAGAUUGGUCGUGAGAUACUCAGGUGAUCCAAACCUAGAAUUUGACCUGACUGUGCAGAAAGACGCUCAAGCUCUAGUCAAAGCCCUGAGUGAGAUAAAACAGCUUGAAGGUGGAAGCAAGACAGGAAAAGCCCUGGAAUUGAUGUUUUCGCAAUUCCAACAAGCAGCGAAAACACGUGGCCAUCAGGUGAAGCAGCACCUGGUGGUCAUUACUGAUGGACAAUCCGCAGAUGAUGUGAAGGCGCCUGCUGAUAAGCUGAGGACAGAGGGAGUCACUGUCUAUUCGAUUGGAAUAAAAAAUGUUGGAGAAGCUGAGCUGAAGGAGAUUUGUGGUGAUGAAAAGAGGUUUUUUUCAAUCAACAAUUUUCAUGACCUGGGUGAUAUUAGCACCAACAUCGUCAGAGGCAUCUGCCUCCUGCAUGCAUGCGAUGAUGUGCCACGCGACAUCUUCUUCUUGGUUGACAGCUCCGGUAGCAUCAAAACAGCAGAUGACUACAUUAAAAUGAAAAUGUUCAUGAUGGAUCUGGUCGGCAGGUCCAGCAUUGGAAGAAAUAAAACCCAUGUAGGUGCCAUGCAGUUCGCAGAUGAGCCAAAGCUGGAGUUUCGGCUGGAUCUCUACUUCACCAAAGAGGAACUGAAGACAGCCAUUAAUGCUAUGGAGCAAAUUGGUGCUGGCACAAGGACUGGUUUGGCCCUUCACCGGACGCUGGACUAUUUUGAGCCUGCCAAAGGAGGACGCCCGAAUAAGAAACAGAUUAUGGUAACACUCACAGAUGGAAGGUCACAGGAUCAAGUAAAAAAACCUGCUGCUGCUCUGAGGGAAAAGGGAGUCACCAUCUACUCCAUUGGAGUGGUGGACGUUAACCGUAAUGAGCUCCUCCAGAUCAGCGGGACAGACGAGAAGGUUUUUAUAGAGAGAGACUAUGACGCUCUCAGGGAGCUGGAGAGUCGAAUUGCUCUGGAUAUCUGUUUUGAUAAAAAGUGCAAGAAAUCAGACAUCAUCUUCCUUGUCGAUGGGUCUGGCAGCAUCAAUGACAAAGCGUUCCAGAGCAUGCAGACAUUUAUGGCUUCCGUCGUGAGCCAGACCAAUGUGGGCAACGACUACACCCAGUUUGGAGUAAUCCUCUACUCCACAGACGUGACGUCCGUCUUCACCUUCAAGGAGUGUGAUUCCAGCCGUGAUGUUCUACAAGCAAUCUCCAGUCUAACGCCUCCCCGCCAAGAUACUGGCGCUAGCACUGGCAAGGCCCUGGAGUUCUCCCUUAAAGCAUUUGAUAAGGUAAACGGUGGACGGAAGGCCCUCGGUGUCCCACAGUUUCUCAUAGUGAUCACAGGCAGAGAAGCGACUGACCCCGACGACCUAGAGAAGCCGUCCAUAGCCCUGCGCGAUGCGGGUAUCAAUGUCUAUGCUGUAGGGUUGGGGAAGGCCGACAAGGAACAGCUAAAGAUCAUGGCUGGAUUCGGCAAACAUUACUACAUUGACAACUUUGAUGACCCGCAGUUGCUCAAGUCUGUCGCUGAUGCCGUCUGCAAUGAAAGCAACCUAGUCUGCGAGCAGUUGCAGAUAGACCUGGUCCUGCUAGUGGAUCAGUCCGACAGCAUCACGGAACAGGAGUACUCCAUCAUGAAGGAUUUUAUCCAAGAUGUGGUGGACAGCUUUCAAAUCGAGGAGAAUUUUGUUCAUGUGGGUCUGGCCCAGUUCAGCAGUGACUUGAAGCGCGAGUUCUCUCUCAGUUACAAUGCAGGGGAUAUUUCCAACCGCAUUAAGGGCAUGGUGCAGCAGGGUGGUGACAGAAAAAUGGGUCUGGCGCUGGAGCGUGUUCGGGCAUACUUCGAAACCCCACAGAGGCGCCGUUCCUCUGUAGUCUCUCAGAACCUGGUGCUGAUCACAGACGGAAUGUCAGACGACGACCCUGUGUCAGGUCCAGUAGAAGAACUGCAGAAGUUGGGUGUCCAGAUCUUUGUCAUUGGGAUCGAUAAGGACCAAAGUCAGAAGCUGCGGCAGAUAGCUAGUUUUGAUGACUGGCACAUCACUGUUCCGGACUUCAACUCCUUGCAGGAAAUCAAGCAGAGAGUGGUGGAGACCAUUUGCACUGAACCUAGGGAAGAAGAAGAAUGCACCAUCGACAUUGCAAUGGGUUUUGAUAUCACCAGGAGAUCUUCUCGUGAUUUGCUGGGUGAACAGGCGAAGCUGCGGUCUUUCUUGCCGCAAAUAGUGCGAGAAGUCUCGUCCAUUCCGGCCCUUUGCUGCACCAAGCCGGUCCCCAUCAAUCCCAACAUUGCAUUCAGGGUGCUGAAUCGUCAGGGGAAAUUGCUGGAUGACUUCAAAUUCCACAGCUAUGAUCAGGACAUCGUCGAGAAGGUCAUGAGUCUGACUCCAUCGGAGCCCACAUACUUCAACAUACCAAUGCUCAGAUCCUUUGGGGAGAAGUUCCAAAAAGAUUCUGGGGCUGGGGUCAAGGUUCUCGUGGUUUUCUCCGAUGGACUGGACGAUGAUGUGAUGAAGCUGAAGUACGAGUCAGAUCUGCUCCGACAAGGGCUCGAUGCUCUUCUUGUGGUUGCACUGGAGGGAGCCCAGAACCGAUCCGAGCUUCAGAACAUGGAGUUUGGCCGUGGUUUCAGUUCCAAGGUUCUUACCAUUGACAUGCCCAGUGUGGGCAGCGUCAUCCAGGAUCAGAUUCAUACUGUGGCUGACCGCGAGUGCUGCAACGUCAUGUGCAAAUGUGCAGGACCAAAAGGUGUCCCAGGAUCUCCUGGUACUGCGGGGGAAAAGGGUGCACCUGGACAGAAGGGUCACGCUGGCUUCUCUGGAGGCGAGGGUGUGGCCGGCGAGCAGGGCCUACCAGGACCAAGUGGCCCCCAGGGUGUCCAGGGUUGUUCUGGGAUCAGAGGAAUGAAGGGCUCCUGGGGUCUCCAGGGCGACAGGGGUGAGGACGGAGAGGAUGGGCUGGACGGAGUCAAUGGAGAGCAGGGAUUGACGGGUAAAGAUGGGAGUCGUGGAGAGAGGGGACAUCCGGGAAAGCCAGGCGUCCCAGGUAGCCGAGGCGCGAGCGGUCUGAACGGACAGCGAGGACUGAGAGGAGAUCCGGGUGAACCAGGGACUGACAAUACUGUGCCGGGGCCCAAAGGAGAGGUUGGGAAUCAAGGUCUACCGGGUGAUCCCGGAGAGGAUGGAAAUGCUGGCGAGAGUGGCAUCGUCGGAGCCCCGGGACCCGGCGGGAGACGAGGGCCACUCGGGAAGAAGGGUCCACCAGGAAAGCCCGGCGAGCCAGGAGUGCGAGGUAGUCCCGGUGCUUCAGGUCCACAGGGUACCAGAGGAGCAAGUGGUCUACAGGGGCCUAGAGGUCCAGCUGGUCUUCCUGGACGUCAGGGUGCAGAGGGCACACCUGGGAACCUUGGACUGGCUGGACGUCGUGGUGUCAACGGACAGAAGGGCCAACCAGGCGAGCCAGGAGAAGCUGGUGUUCCGGGUUCGAUGGGUCCUCGAGGAAUGCCAGGCCAGGAUGGGAAAGAUGGGUAUGGACCCGAAGGACCAAAGGGCGUUAAAGGUGAUCCUGGUUAUCCUGGCUACCCUGGACUUGUGGGGGAGAGCGGGCUGCAGGGUCCUAAAGGUUACCCGGGGCGUAAAGGGAACCUCGGACGCGGGGGGAACUCUGGAAUUCCAGGAGAGCCAGGUGUUGUCGGAGAGCCGGGUUAUCCCGGACACAGAGGCCCUCGAGGUCCACCUGGGAAGACAGGCAAGACAGAGUGUGAGCUGAUCACCUACAUCCGAGACAACUGUGCUUGUUCCAUCGAUCGCUCCAGCUGCCCGUCCUUCCCCACCGAGCUGGUGUUCGGCCUGGACAUGUCCGAAGAUGUGACCCCAGCCGCCUUCGAGAGACAACGAUCCGCUCUGCUGUCCCUACUGGAUGAGAUCAGCAUUGCUGAGAGCAACUGUCCCACCGGGGCACGUGUGGCCGUAGUGGCCUACAGCACCUUCACCAAGUACCUGAUCCGCUUCCAGGAUUACCGCCGCAAGACCCAGCUGGUCGAGGCAGUGAAGAACAUCGCCCUGGAACGCAGCACCAACAAACGGCACCUGGGAUCGGCCAUGCGCUUCGUGGGCCAGAAUGUCUUCAAGCGCAUCCGGUCUGGAAUGAUCAUGCGGAAGGUGGCUGUGUUCUUCUCUGGAGGUCAAGUUCAAGAUGUCGCCGACAUUGUCACCGCCACCAUGGAGUACCGUGCCCUGGGUAUCGUCCCUGCCGUCAUCUCGCUGAAGAAUGCGCAACUGGUCAGCCGUGCGCUGGAGGUUGACGACACUGGGAAUUCCAUCUUCGUGGUGCUGGGGAGGGACGCCAGCGCCGACCUGAGGAAGAUCAGGAACUGUGCCAUUUGUUACGACCCGUGUCAGCGCUUGGAGGAGUGUUCCUUUAUCCAGGACCCGCCGAAGCCUCAGGAGGCCGACGUGGACCUGGUCAUGGUGGUGGACAGUUCCAGAGAGGUGCAAACGGACGAGUACGCUGGGGUCCAGCAGCUCCUAGGCUCGGUGUUGGAGCAGGUGGCUGUGAGCCCUCAACCCCGUCGGCCCGGUCCUGGGGCUCGAGUGGCGGUGGUCCAGCAGAGUGGCCUGAACCCCAAGUUAGAGUUCGGCCUUCAGGCCUUCCAGAGCCAGGAAGCCAUGAGGGAGCACCUCGUCCGGAACAUGCAGCAGCAGCACAGCUCCUCUGCGCUCGGCCAGACUCUGGAGUUCAGCCUGCAGGAGGUUCUGCUGAAGGCAGCGCAGCCCCGCAAGAGAAGGGUCUUGUUCACUGUGGUGGGCACCCAGACCGCCUACCAGGACCAGGCUAAGCUGCACUACAUGUCCCAGAAGGCCAAGUGUGAGGGGGUGGCGAUCUUUGUGAUGACGGUGGGCGACCGCUACAACCGCACACAAGUGGAAGAGCUCGCCAGCCGACCCGUCCGCCAGCACCUGAUCCAUGUGCGCCAGCUGAAGUCUGAGGAGCAGGGCUACACCCAGCGCUUCUUCAGGGUCUUCCUUUCCGCUCUCAACAAGGGCAUCAAUACUUAUCCCCCCCCUGCUGUGAAGAGGUCAUGUGACAAGCUGGCAGGACAAGAUGGAGGACCAGUCAGCAGGCGGGAAGGUUAUGUUGCUGACCAGGUGCCCAUCAAAUUCAGGGUACGAUUACGGAGCAAACCUAGGACAGGAAAGACGAAUGUCGACACGCUGACACGAACAAAUCUGAAAGGUGGAACACGCAACAGAACCUCACAUACACUAACAACUCCCCUCUGAUCUAAGCGGCGCUGUGAAGAGCCUUCAGGUUUAGUUUUCCUCCCUUCCCUUUGGUGUCCAUCUCUCCCAGUUCAAUCUGUUGAAAUGUGGAUGUGUUGCUACUUACCAGUAGCAGCAAAUACGUGUAGUUAAGUCCCUCAAGCUACUGAAUUUGAAGAUGCAAAGAAAAACCUUUCUGGUUCGGCGGCUGCGGUGGCAAUGACAACCGCUUCAGCACGCAGGACGAGUGCGAAAGUCUGUGUUUGAUCAGGAGCCACUGAGCGAAUCGGUCUGGACACCGUCUCCAUGUCAGCAUGGACGUUUCUUCUGGAUGGUUUUCAAUAUGUGUGGGUUUUGCUGAAGCCUGGUGGAUCACUGGAACCAGAAGUUGAGAGCUCCAAAGAAACAAGGAAAAACAACAGUGAGUUUAUUCAUUACUGUUUGUGUGUUCCACUUUGAGUCCCUUGCAGAUGUUCAGGACACUCGAUGAUAGGAUGAUAGGAAUAACACGGGUCCACCAACUCAUCAGGACAAUGCGCAAGGCCCGAGGAGGGUGGGGGGGCAGCUGCCCCAGGGCCUGGACCCUCAGGAGAUCAGGUUGGCACGGGCCCAAGACAUCAAUUCUAUUCAUCGUGAUAACUCUCUACUUCACCAUUGCUUAGCAUGUGCUGGUUAUAUUGAGUGCAUCCUUCGAGUCAGGCUCAGUCAUGGUUCCUAACAACACAUAACUUUUGUUAAGCCUCAAAAUAUAAUAUUUUAUAUACAAUAAAAUGUUGUGCUACAUGACUGGCUUCUUUCACUCACUUUACUAAAUUACUUGGGGCUCACUGACAUGAGGUAACACCACUGUCUGUGUUCAAAAAAUGGACCCAAUUUGGAAGAAUUUUUCAAGUGAUACAAUUGUCAGAGUCUGCACCAAGGAGCCUGAGUUUGGGAAUUAAGUUCUAGUUCUUUAAUAGAUUCCUUAUUGCUGGAGGUUUGCACUCUCUGAGCA